CAACGUAGAGCCUUAAUAUAAACAGAAAUUGUUUUCUCCUUUAUUCUUCUCAUAGCUUGCUGAUAACAUGAAGGGUGAAACUCUAAAAUCAUAUCAGACAUUCGAUCGCGUCAAACUUCUGACCCGCCAUCUACAGAACCACAAUGCCACCCCAUGCGUGUAUGAUUUUGAUACAAAGUCACUUCGUAAGCUCCUAGACGGUGCAAGCGUUGAUGACAUUGACUAUAUAUUCAACCUGAUGAUACAAAGCAAUUUGUUUUGUCCUAGAGAAAGAGACGGGAAAGUGUUUAUUGCACCGGAUUUUAAUCAGUCUAUGGAGCAGCAGAGAGAGAUGACGAUGAGAAGAAUCGAUUACUUGAGAGAACAAGGAGUUUUUGAUGAGUUGUUUUCUAAAGGUCAUUUAUGGGGAUUUGUUCUUAGUGAAGCUCUUGGUGUUUAUGAUCAUUCACUUUCGAUCAAGGUUUCUGUUCAUUUCUUUUUAUGGGGCGGUGCGAUCCGUUUCAUGGGCACAAAACGCCAUCAUGAUAAAUGGUUCAAGCCAACUGAGACUUAUCAAGUCAAGGGUUGCUUUGCAAUGACCGAGUUAGGACAUGGUAGCAAUGUCAGAGGCAUUGAAACUAUGACUAGAUAUGAUGCAAGCACCGGUGAAUUUAUCAUCAACACUCCUUGUGAAUCUGCUCAGAAGUAUUGGAUUGGAGGUGCAGCUAAUGAUGCUACACAUACAGUGGUUUUCUCACAACUGGAAAUCAAUGGUGUGAAUCAAGGAGUGCAUGCUUUUAUAGCCCAGAUCAGAGACGAAAAUGGAAAUAAACAUCCUAAUAUUCGUAUCGCUGAUUGUGGUCAUAAAAUUGGUUUGAAUGGUGUUGACAACGGUCGAAUCUGGUUUGACAAUCUUCGGAUACCUAGAGAGAAUUUGUUGAAUUCAGUUGCUGAUGUGUCACCAGAUGGGCAAUAUCAGAGUGCAAUAAAAGAUCCAGACCAGAGAUUUGCAGCCUUUUUGGCCCCUUUGACAUCCGGUCGUGUAAUGAUUGCCGGAAGUUCAAUGUAUUCAACAAAGAUUGGUUUAGCAAUUGCGAUAAGGUACUCUUUAUCAAGGCACGCCUUUUCAAUUAGACCAAAUGAACCUGAAGUUCUUUUGCUCGAUUAUCCUACUCAUCAGAGGCGGUUGUUACCUCUUCUUGCAAAGACAUAUGCUUUGAGUUUUGCUUCCAAUUAUUUGAAAAUGAUAUAUAUUAAAAGAACACCAGAGUCAAUGAAAAGCGUCCAUCUCGCUUCUAGUGCACUCAAGGCUGUUUUAACCUGGCAUUGCAUGCGAACCCUUCAGGAAUGUCGAGAAGCUUGUGGUGUGCAAGGUUUACAAACCGAAAAUCACGUUGGUCAUCUAAAAAAGGAGUAUGACGUGCAAUUAACUUUUGAAGGUGACAACAAUGUUCUGAUGCAACAGGUUAGUAAGGUCCUCUUAGCUGAGUUUUUGGCAGCCAAGAAAAGGAACAAACCGAUCAAAGGUUUGGGACUCGAACACUUGAAUAAACCUGUCCCCAUUAUCCCUUCUCAUCUCACAACUUCUAUUCUCAGGACCACCCAAUUUCAGACCGAUAUCUUUUGCCUUCGUGAGAGAGAUCUAUUGCAUCGAUUUGCGACGGAAGUUUCACAACACCUAGCUCAGGGAGAAAGCAAGGAGCAUAUAUUCACAGUGACUUACCAAAUUGCCGAGGAUUUGGGCAGAGCCUUCUCGGAUCGUUUGAUUCUACAAACAUACCUUGAUGUUGAAGCAACGAUACCAGAAGGCCCUUUGAAGGGUAUACUAGGUUUAAUGAGAUCAAUGUACACCACAAUUGUGCUGGAAGAAGAUGCAUCAUUUCUUCGAUACAGUUACUUAUCAACCGACAAUGCUGCGGUGGUUAGGAAAGAGGUUCUAAAACUGUGCAGUGAACUAAGACCACAUGCACUCUCUUUGGUGUCUUCUUUUGGAAUCCCUGAUGCUUUCUUGGCGCCAAUCGCUUUCAAUUGGGUUGAUGCCAAUGCAUGGUCCUCGGUUUAGAAACGAUACAAAUGCUGGUUAGCGUUUGUUUUGUCUUUAAUUUUUCUAUUGAAAAAAGGAGUCAUCCAGAUGUUGUAAAAUCAGUAACAGGUUACUUGUUCUGAUGUUGUCUGUUAGGAAUAAACGAAAUAAAUAGUUUCAGUUCA